AUGUCGCAACACGUCCCCGCUUGGAAGAAGAUAGCUAUUAAACAAAAACGAGAUCAGCCUGUUAAUACCCCAUUUGAUGCAAAGCAUAAAAGAAAAUCCCAAGAAUCAGAUGAUCCUUUAAAUAUUACAACUCAUUUAGCCACAGGUUCAUUAACCAAAAGAGAAAAAAGAAGAAUUUUAAAAGGCGAUGAUUUAUAUUCUACUCAAACAUCUGCAAACCUUAAAAAGCAAAAAAAAUCCGCUGACCAGUACCAAAAGAAAAGGGAAAAGUUACCGAAAGAUGAAAGAAUGUUGCAAAGAAAAUCCGUUUUGAAGGAUCAAUUGCGUUAUUUAAUUGAGUUUUACCAAAGUAAAUUGAGAGAGACCACCAAUAAUGACCUACCGAAUAACAGCUAUUUGCUUCCUGAACAACUAUGUCAGUUGGAAAUGGUAAAGAAAAAUAUCAAACCAAUAACAAGUGACACACCAGAUCAGAAAAUCCAAGUAAUUAAUAUCUGGAAGUUCAAUAAGAACAAACAAAACUGGAUAAUCAAGAAUUUAUUUAAAAUAGAUGACGAUUUUAUACCAACGGAGUUUAACCCUUUAUUAUUAAAAUAUUUUGAAAAUUUAAAAAGUGAACAUUUAAAAAAUGACUUAAUUAAUAGAUGCGUAAAAAACUUAGAAAAUUGGAAUGAAUAUAUUGAUCACCAAGAAUUGGAAAUGCAAAAGUUGCUUCUAGAAAACAAUAGCGAUGAUAACAGCAAAGAAGGGAAUGAGGAACAUACAAAAGAAGACGAAACAGAACAGGAAAAGAAACUGAAGAAUGAUGCAGACAAAGUUGUACAGCCAAAUAAAGAUGUUAUUCAUAGAAGUAAAAUUAUAUUGGAGGUGUUAAAGCCUAAUAAUGCUUUUACUUUGAAGGACUGGGACUAG